CCUCUCCCCCUCCUCCUCUCUAUCUCGACCCGUCUAGCCACCCCUCCUCAGCGCACGCCCCGUCGUCUUCGUGCGCUACCAGAGUCGAAGCGCAAGUAACCUCCGCAACCUGUCUAUCUCAAUUGACCUGACAUUAUUCCCCCCAGGUUCAGUCCCACCCGUCGACUCCCGACCUCACCCAAAAAGUUUCUUCCAUCGCUCCACCGCAACCAUGUCCACCCCUCAGUUCUGGUCCACCCCCCUCCGCUACCUGCGCUGGGCCUCCAUCGAGAAGCCCGCCAUCUUCUACUCCCUGAUUAUCGGCUCCACGGGCCCCGUCAUGCUGUUCGCCGCGCCGCCAAUCCGCCGCGCCUUUGGCGACAUUGAGCCCGAACCCAUCCCCUUGACAUAUCCCAUCCCCGAGGGCCCCCGGAAUCCCCCGAAAGGGUUCGAAGACGCAUAAACUUGCCCUCCCAAUCAAUCGCUAGGAACCGGCAGUGUAGUGCAGUGGUGUGUUUGUUUCAUGGAUGGAGUUGAACUUUGUCGCUUGAUUUUUUCUCCCUUUGGUGUAUUUAGCAUGGAAAAUAUAUGACCCUUGACACCGAUCAGUCAGUACCUGCUUGGUAGAGAAAAAGACGUCUACCGGGUUGUUCUGGUAGCGCAUCACAACUGCUGACUGGGGUCAUGUUCUGCGCACAGAAAGCAGGGGAGCAUUCGCAUAGAAUGCCGCAGGCAGACAAGACAGCUAGAGCGGAGAAACAUAUCCGAUCCAUCACUCAUCAAUAUCUUAAUAUUGAGCAAUGCUAGCAUCAAGCUUC